AUGGAGGAUCCAACCCCGCCCACUCCUGUCCCCCAGAAACGCCCAUUGGAUGGCACGACCUCGAACCUGCCGUCUCAACGCCCGUCAAGGCAAUUAAGAAGGAGGCAAAGGCGAAGGCCCGAGCGGAGAAGAAAGCACAGAAGGAGGGCUGAAGAUAAGCUCAAAGAAGAAGAGAAGCAGAAAAAGGCCGACGAGCGAGAGGAGAAGCGGCGACAAAAAGAGGAAGAGCAACAGCAGAAGGAGGAGGAGAAGGCCAAGAAAGAGCGUUCGCAGAUGAAGCUCAACGCCUUUUUUCGCGAAGCCGAAGGGAACUGGGUGUCAGCCCCUGGAAAGGUCUUCGGUAGAGUCCUCCCAGAAACCCACCCCUGUCCACAGCAUCAUUAUUACCCAGUACCAUCAGGGGCUGCCACUAACUCAGCCCCUCCGUCUCCGACAGAAGAACAUUUGUCAAUGAACGCACAAUCCGACUAUGACCGAUACUUCCUGCCGUUCAACCUGCCCGCACACACCAUACUAGCCCCUAAGAACUCUUUCAUGGAGGACUCUGAUAAGAUGCAAGCUGCUCGAGCCCGCCUCGACAAGCUCAUCGCGCGAGAAGAUGCUGCUAUGGAGCCGAUUACUUCACAACACCUGAAGUCGGCACUUCCAUCUUUAGGUCGUAGGGGCAUGAAGACCUCAUCUAUUGUCGAAGUUGUCGAGUGUGUCAAUCGCUCGUCCGAUCAGCCAAUCGACUUGACCGACGACACUAUUGCGAGCCGCGAAAAGCCACUGGACAUGUUGAUGCAAAUUCCGAUGAAGUACAUACACUUUGGAGAGGACGUGCGUCCGCCAUACUAUGGAACCUACACAAGGUCAUACACCGAAGUGCAAGCCGCAAGACUCGCUAGAAAGCCCGUCUCCCGUUUGCGCCAGGACACCAAUUAUGAUUACGACUCUGAGGCUGAAUGGGAAGAACCUGAAGAGGGUGAGGACCUUGAUUCCGAAGGUGACGACGAUCUCGAGGAGGAAGCAGAAGACGACAUGGACGGGUUCCUCGACGACGAGGAAGACCCACAGGUCAAGAGACGCCUCAUUAGUGGUGAUUUACAGCCUGUCAGCACCGGUCUAUGCUGGCAGGAUGGACACGGUGUGUCUAGACUCAACGACGGAUCCGACGCAAUCUGUACCGAUUUCCGAGAAUUUUCGAUGGGCUUCCUGCUCCAGCCGCAACCACAUGCCAUCGAUCCGUUCUCAACCUCAUACUGGACUCCAGAGCCUUUUGCCUCAACCCUGCCGGCAAACAAAGAUUGCGCUGGUGGUAACAUGAAUCCUCCCCGAGUGCCUCUCGCGCAGCGCACUAUGAACGGCCUCCUAAACACUUUCAAUUCUCCACAACAAGCACCAUCGGGAACUGCAUCGAAGCCAGCAAAAGCAAAGCGGAUGAUACCGCCUGAACAGCUGCAGGCUUUCAAGGCCGAGAUCGACGGCAAGGACCUCACUAAGAUUGGCAUGGUCGAAGCGCUGAAGAAAAUUUUCCCGAAACUUCCGAAAGACGCUAUCACCAAUACCCUGAGCGUCGUUGCGGCACGGGUUGGGCCCACCGAGAAGGAGAAGCGAUGGGUGCUCAUCAACACCUGA